AUGCUACUGCUACAGUUCACCACCUCAGCGACAGGCCAUCUCCGCUUCUGCAAAGAAAUUGGUCAAGUACCCCGGCUUCACGGACCAACAUCCGACCUCAUCUCUGGCUGGGAUUCCCUCGUCGCCGUCCUCGCGUCAAAGCUCACCUUCCCUACUGCCGACGCCAGCGUCACAACAACUGAUCUCUCUCCUUCAUCCAACUACAAGCUCCGCAUCUACCGUCCUCCUAACGCCACUGGCAAGGAGAAUCUAGCACUCUACAUCCAUGGUGGUGGCUGGGUCCUCGGAUCCAUCGAUCAGGAGGACGCCAUCGCUCGCAUCAUUGCUAAGUCUAGUAACCUUGUGGUCGUAAGCGUUGGUUAUCGUCUUGCUCCCGCGCAUCAAUGGCCAGCCGCGCAUGAGGACUGUGCCGAGGCAGCAAGAUAUGCCCUUUCUCAUGCGUCCGAGCUUGGUGCGGAUCCUGAGGCGGGUAUUCUCAUUGCUGGAUCCUCUGCUGGUGGGGGAAUGGCCUUCUCGACUGCUUUGAGACUGAUUGAUGAUGGGUUAGGAGACAAAGUGAGAGGGGUGGUGAGUAUGGCGCCUGUCACAGUGCAUCCAGACGCUGUUCCGGAGCAGCUGAAGGGAAGUUAUGCGAGUUAUGACGAACAUUCUGAGCAUACUGUCAAUACUAAAGAUGCCAUGGAGGCUUUCUUUGCCACCUAUGCUGGGCCCGCCACAAACCCGUACAUCUCGCCACUGUUACAUCCAAAGUUGAAGGCACUGCCACGGACAUACAUCACCGAGAGCGGCACAGACACGUUGCGAGAUGAUGCGAGGUUGAUGAGGGAGAAGCUGGAAGCAGAGGGUGUGCACGUAAGGUACGACGCAUACGAGGGGUAUCCACAUUACAGUUGGACCUUUCCAAGUCAGCACCUUGCUGGACAUAGUCAGGAAUUCUUCGGCAACAUGAUUGAGGGCAUCAAGUGGUGCAUUGCUGGGUAG